AUGAAUCUCGAGGAGUUUCUAGCGAUGGAGUUAAAUCGCGACCGCUACGAAAUCGUCGAUCUACGGGCGUUGGAUUACGUCUCCAGUUACGACGACCACCUUAUGUGUCCAAUCUGUCACUGCCCCUUUAUACGCCCUGUCCGCCUGCAAUGCGACCAUAUUUUUUGCCAGAAAUGCCUCAAUACUGCCAUCACCAGUUUCGGACCCAACCGGGACGACUUCACAUGCCCUAGUUGCCGGACACCCACCAAAGGCGUGUACCUUGACGUACCUCGACUUCUAAGCAACAUGUGCGAUGAUAUCCGUGUCAAGUGUCCGUUUCUGACAGAAGGCUGCAAGGAAAUCAUUCCUAGGGGCCAUGUCCAGUCCCAUGUGGACAAAUACUGCGGCUAUAAACUUAUGGACUGCCCGGCCACCCUCUGCGACAAGAAAUCUCGGAAGAAGGACUUGAAUCCUGAAAAUCGAUGCAUGCACGAACUUCAGAAAUGCUUCGGAUGUGAGGGUGAGAUCAUGGAACAGGAUUACGAGGAGCAUGUGAAAGAGCUUUGUCCAAGCCUGAAAACAACAUGCCCUGACUGCCAAACGAUGGUGUUUCGGAAAGCAUUGAGAGAACACAUUGAUGCCUGUUCCGAAGCGAUUCACCCGUGUACUGCGUCGAGAUACGGCUGCCCCGUCAAAGUCAAGCGUGCGGAACUAAUGGUGCACGAGCAAAGUUGCCCCUUGAUCACAAUGGGCCCCUACUUCGACGCCCAGAAUUCACGGCUCGACUCAAUGGAGCUGACUAUCCGUCAUCUCCAGCAAAGGAACGAGCUCUUUGAGGACGGAUUGGCCAAUAUCCGUUCAACAUUGCUGGAAUCGACCCGGUCUAUUCUGGAAGGGCAGACCCAGCCCCCUUCUGAGGCACACCUUUAUAGGCAAUUCCCAGGGAUGACUGCGAGACACUCGAACGAUACCCCGGUUGAUAGUUCCAGCGUGUAUUCUUCCUAUGCCUCGACGUAUUUGUUGUCACUCCAUGAGUCACUUCGAGAGGAGGUCGUGCAACUAUCGCGUGCAAUCAGCGACCUGGAUGCUCGGGCCAGCAUGGCGAUCAUGAAUGAAUGUCUCCGACUCAAGGAAGACAUGGCCCACACUAAUGCUGCCGUCGGUAGCAUACGAAUGCAAGUACAAUGGCUCAUGAACCCACGCCUCCACCAAGGUCAACGGACAGGGUUGCGUGCCAAUGGUGGCAGUGGUGACCAUGACUCAAGGCCGACGCCAGGUCCCAGCAACCUGCCUGGGCCAUCUGCCGGCCUGCUUCGGCCCCGCAGGUUAAGUGACAGUGGGCGCGAAGGGACCAAACUAUGA